AUGCAUCUGCUUCAUACGAUACUCUUCUUAUUACCAUUAGCCAGCUUGGCCGUACCCUCCGCCCCUUCUAGCAACCUAAACAAACGAUCUAUUACCUGCCUCAAAGUCGGGGCAUCAGCAACGGCGACCUGGACCAACAGUGCCGGGCAAACCUGUUCUUUUGUUGGAGUAGUAGGGAGCAAUUACGGUGCCAACAGCGCAGGCAAUGGGGAUGAUCCAAACUGCGGUGAUGCCUACAAUGCGGCUGUUGACGAUACCGCGGGAGGACUUCUCGCUGGCUGCUCGCAGACGAAUCCUUCUAACACGGUGUCUCCACCGAAUUCCAGCCCGGUUUGUUCUUGA